GGGGCGCUUGGUUUUUUGUAGCUAGCUAAUUUCAACCGAACAAAAAUCGUGUACGCAGCCCUCAUUUUCUCCGACUAUCGCUGUAAAUACAAUUUUUAUUGGAUGAAUUCGGCAUGGAGAAAGUAGUGGAGCCGUCUUGGACUUCUUCCUACACCUACCAGGUGAGCAAGCACAGUGCGGAGAUGCUACAAAACCUCAACAUUCAGAGGAAAGAUGGAGGCAGGUUUUGCGAUGUGAUCUUACGCGUCGGUGAGGAGAGCUUCCCUGCCCACAAAGCUGUGCUGGCGGCGUGCAGUGAGUAUUUUGAGUCGGUCUUCAGCUGUCAGUCGGAGGGCGACGGGGAUGCGAAGGAACUAGAAAUGCAUACCAUCAGCCCUAAAGUUUUUAAAGACAUUUUGGACUUCGCCUACACCUCCAGGAUUGUGGUACGUCUGGAGUGCUUUCCGGAGUUGAUGACAGCUGCCAAGUUUCUGCUAAUGCGCUCGGUUAUUGAGAUAUGUCAGGAGGUAAUUAAACAAUCUAACGUGCAAAUCCUCGUCCCGACCUCACGGGGAGGAGAUGCCAGUCUUUUCCAGGCCACAGGGGCUGCAGAGUUGGGUUUCCCCGUGGCCCAGCAGGAUAUGGUAAACGGGACGGGCAUGUUGGUGAAUGGUCAGACAUUUGCUAACAACGGACAAACGCAUGUGGACGGGAAUCAACCCAGCGAUGCUGUGUUACUGGACGACGGCAGCGACUCGUCAAUGCCAAUACUGCAGCCUGUCGAGGGACUAGCCGUAUCUCCGUCCGCGGAAAUAACGGGGAGCGCUUUCCACUCCGACACUGGCUCUCCGGGGUCGAAGAGAAACAGGGGAAGACCAAAGAAACCCACAGUCAGUGUAGUGGAGGCUGUUCAUUUCAAUCAUAGCACCCCUAAAGACAAUGGUUUGUUUCCUUGCGGGACGUGCGGCAAGGCUUUCACGGAGGCUUCUCGCUUGAAAAACCACGAAGCGCAGCACGGAGCGUCCACGGGUGGUGUAAACAUGGUCGGUGACAGGCUGUCCACAGAGGGCGGCAUUACAUUGUUGUCGCACCCUCAGUCGGGUCUGGUGGAAAACGGCAUGCAGCUGCACGGGGGGGUGACGAUAGACAGCGGACGCAAACGGGAGAGGACCAGGCGGCACGUUGGUUGUGACAUUUGUGGGAAAGUUUUCCGUGACGUUUAUCACCUGAACAGACACAAGCUCUCCCAUUCCGGGGAAAAACCGUACGCCUGCCAUGUGUGCGGGCUGCGGUUCAAACGCAAGGACAGGAUGUCAUACCAUGUGCGGUCACACGACGGGUCAGUCGGCAAACCUUACGUGUGCCAAAGCUGUGGUAAAGGUUUUUCCAGGCCAGACCAUCUGAACGGACAUAUCAAACAAGUUCACACAACGGAGAGACCCCACAAGUGCCAGAUUUGUAAUGCCUCUUUUGCUACAAGAGAUCGCCUCCGAUCACACCUUGCUUGUCAUGAGGACAAAAUCCCCUGCAAAGUAUGUGGCAAGUUCCUGCGGGCUGCAUACAUGACAGACCACCUCAAGAAACACAGUGAAGGAACUCAUAACUACUGUGGCAUUUGCAACAAAGGUUUCUCCACUGCAUCCUACCUUAAGGUGCAUAUAAAGACACACCAUGGCUCUCCAGUGCCCCCCCCAGCCACAGUGCACACCUUCCCUGAGCCAAGGGGGGAACUGCAGAUGCACAACGGCACCCCUUACCUCACGGGACGCCAGUGCUCAGUGGAAGACCUGUGCGCCAGUCGCCAGCAGCUUGUCACCUCGCCUGAGGCAGAGGGUCGCUUUCAUGGGCUCUCUGGACACCCCGUUCUUCCCCAGCCUGGCCCUCCAACCUUGGGCCUGCAGCCUGAGCUGCUCUUGGGGAAGUCAGGUGGGGCUCCAUAUUUCUGGGAGUAUCGCUCUGGCGGGGUGCCUGGCUUUCCCUUCCAUGGGCCUCUUGCAGACGGGCAGGAAAAUGCUGGGAAAUGUCCUCAUCUGGAAUCUGAAGAGUCAGACCCCUCGUUUGGUGAAUUGUCCAAUGGUGACGAGCUCAAGUCUCCACGCAAGCCUGACGGGGAGGAGCUCGAGAUGCCCUCUUUAGCCUGUAACGGAGCCUCUGCAGGGGCCUUGGGCUCUCCAGAGGGAGCCAAAGCCAAGACGGACCCUGAGAAGAAGUUUACUUGUGGCACCUGUGGUCAGGCCUUCCGUACCAAGUCCUACCUCAACAAGCACCAGCACAGAGUACACAAAGCCCAGAAGAGCCAGGGGGUGACGGGGUCCGGCCUGAGCGAGCUGGCCCCCUCCCUGACCUCCCCCUUCUCCCCUCAACAGAACAUGUCUCUGCUCGAGUCCUUCGGCUUUCAGAUAGUCCAGUCUGCUUUUGCCUCUUCACUUGUGGACACAGAGGCAGGUCAGAGCGGCAUCGACUUCGGGGGGAAGUGACCUGUCCACUGGAGAUUUUGUUCUAGUGAAGCCUCUCAUUCUUAAGACACAGCUGGGUUGCUCACCUGGGACGCUCUGUAUUUGGUAAUAACUUUGCCUCAAGACUACUUUGCUGUUCUUUGCGUCGCUCACUGUGCAUCUGGUUUCUGUUUGUUUGUUUUUUCUUUGCUGGCUUUGCCAUGUGAUUUCUGCUAUUUCAGAGUAGGAAAAAUGUAUGUACAGUGUUUUCAGUUUUCUGCAUAAAGAAAUGUCAGGUUUUUUUUUUCCCUUAAUAUGAUCUUUUGACAUUCAUUUUUCAUUGUUUUUCCAUUUGUUUCUGGUGUAUGUGUAAUCAAACUUUCGUAGCUACAUGUAUGUUAAUUGACUUUAGAUGAAUUAUUUAAGGAGUCCUUAGAACGAAUCAUUGUCUGUUUGCCCGUUAUUAUUUAAAUGCAGCAAUGUGCUUGGGAAACCUACCAUUGGCCAUUACCUUUUUAAAUGUAAUGGUUCGUAUUCUUUGUUGCUCCGUAGGUUGUCAACACACGUGUCUGCACCUCAGAGCAACAAGAGGGCUGAAUCAAUAUUUGAAGUUUGUUGUCUCUGCUGCUUUCUAGAAAAAAAUCCAUUUAUUUUUUUAAGGGCAGGGAAAGUCGGCCUCAAAUAAUUUGGUAAUAUUUUUGUUCAGUUGUGUGGAAUUUUGAUAGCAGACUUUUGCUAAGAAUUUAUUUGUGAGCAACGUAACCACAUUCAUAACAGGCUCACGGCAUAUUUAAUGACUGAUUUAUGAAUGAGCACUUCAUUUUUGUAACAGCCACAACACACAUGGCCUCGGUUGUCAUGGACCUUGAUGAGAGACGAUUUAAGGUUUAAGUCACACUUUUUUUUUCAUAAAAGAUUAAGAGAAAUAACUUCACAAACAACGAAAUUCACAAAGGCAUCCACACAGUGCCAGUCUGACACCUUUACAUGCCAGGAAGGAUACGACUUCUGCUCCAACAGUGAAGAAUUCAGCUACCUCAUAGAAGUAAAAAAAACACCACAGUGCUUUGUUUAUCAUAGCCUAGCCAAGAUUAAAUCACAUUAAUUUUAAAUAUUCAUGACAAGUCCCCAGCAAAAUGCACUGAUAAACACAAAUAAUUCACCAGUAAAUCCCAUAUACUCUUCUGCACUUAUCUUCAGUUUCAGAAAAUAAAUUUGCUUACAAACAUCAAUGGAAAAUCUGUUGCUCUAAAUUGCGUUUGAGAUCCACAUUUAUCGCUCAUUGUAAAUCGCUGUUCAAAGAGGCCGGUCGCUCAAAUUGAAAGCUGCCUGGAGUCCCAGUGGUAGGAGAACCGUUAAUGUUCACCACGCCGGCCUCCUGCAAUAUUCAUGUUUCAUAAAGUAGAAUUAUUGUGAUUGUUGAGCAGAGACGGUGAUGGACUGGCUGAUGGACGUAAAUCUGCUGGUGACACAUUGGGCUGUGAAGAGCCCUCCACCACCUGUUUUGUAGGGGAGGAUUUGUUAAAAUGUGGAGUAUUUAUAUUAAUUAGAAAAAGUGGAGAAGAGAGGAUGGGUCUGCCACUCUUCAAGUGUUACCUAUACAGUGUACAGGUGUAUUUUUUUUCCAGGAGAGACUUUUUUUUUAAUUAGGUGGCGUUAAUAUGAAAUGAAGAUAUUUGUCAUGAAACAUGCCUUGAGCUUGUUAGGAAUGGGCUCUUUGUAUACCCCUUACAGUGAAAGUGUUAGUAAGUCUUUUUUUUUUUUUUAAUCACUUGUGUGUUGAAUCAAUUCUGUAUAUUGAACAGGGACCAAGUUCAGGUGUGACAAUUAUGAUUUCUGAGAAAUGUAGAUUAUAUUUUAUUAACUUAUUCAUGCCCUCUUAGUUUUGUGUACAAUUUUUUUUUUAUUGUCAAACAAAAAUCUUGUGGUUUGCUAAUUUUGAUAAUUUUACACUCUAAAUUAUGUUAAAUAGAGGAGACGUGUGUGUUUGUUGGUGUGUUGUGUGUUGCAAGCAGGACUCAGACCCCGUGUCGACUGCAGAGGUUCACGAGGGGAAGUGGCAGAGGAGUUCUUCUCAGACUGAAACACCAGCCUCUCAACUGACCAAACCCAAUGCAGCCCCUACAGAUUCCACUUUGCUUUGACUAAACUGUGUUUUUUUUUUUUUUCUUCCUCCUUUUGCGUUCAGCUUCAUCUCCAUCAGUCACACUCCUGUCGCUCCCCUCCUGUCAGAUCUGCUUUUGCUUCGUGUAGCUUUCACCAGUGGACCAGUAAUGUAAAAUUGAGCUAAAUCGCUAUUUGUUUGUACAUCGACUCCUAUCACAUCACACACAUCAGUUGAAUGAUAUCCAAUAUUCCCUUUCAUGUGUCAGUGUUUUUCCUCUGUGCGUUUUACAUGUAUGAUGAUGCAAAUCAAGUCGGUCUAACAGGGAAAGGGCGUGUGUGUGUGUGUGUGUGUGUGUGUGUGUGUGUGUGUGUGUGUGUGUGUGUGUGUGUGUGGUGAUGGGUAUGGAACAGAAGUGUGUAUACGUGUGCUGAGUAGGCUGUCUGUGUUUGUCUCUGUGCUUGAUCAAUGUUUUUUUUUUUCUGGUUUGUAUACUUUUGUUCGAUUAUUUGACUAAUUUAGUCUGUUAAAUUCAGUACAUUCCUAUAUUAUUUAUGGUUAUAUUGUGAUUGUAACAAGUGUAUAUACCAUUCUUAUACACAUGCUAUAAAUAUAAAUAUAUAUAAAUAUAUAUAUAUAUGAUCCAACCAAUAUAUGAUCAAUGUUUGUCAGUGGUGGUCCUGUACAUGUAUAUAAUUUUUUCUUGUCCGUUCUGUAGAGGGAUAUUAAGUUAUGGCCAUUUGAUUGAAAGUGUCUUCACUGCAUGCACAGAGUAAACGUCGGGUGCUCUGUCUUGGUUUGCGCGUCGAGCUGGGGACUGAAUGUCGAUCACUGGUUGGUGGCAGUGUUCUCACUGUUCACUGCACUGUCACUCUGCUCUGGUAGCCCUCACACUGCCGGACGCACGACUCAUGUCUUUGACCAAUUUGUUCCCUUUUUUGAUCCAGUCUGCGGUCAUGCACUAGUAUUUACUCUUCAAAAGUAAUAAAGGGUGUAUUUGUGUGUUUUUUUUUUGUUUUUUUUUUAAUUUUGUUAUGUUUUGUUUUUUUAACAAAUGGACAAUGCCGGGAGGAAAAAAAUAUCUUUGUUACGAUGUCUUGGCUGACAACUUGCUUUUAAACUCCUCUCGGUGUUAAUUAUUUCUCACUCAUGUCGGUUCUCAAACACAAAAGGUUGGUUUGAUUAUUUAGGCCCAGAUUCCAGUUUUGCUUUCUGCUUUUGGUCUGUUGCAAAGUGCCUUCCAAAUACUGAUUGUGCACAGCAGUGGAUUAAAAAAGGUCCUCUUUUUUUAGAAAGGGUGGGUAAAAUUGUACAGAGUGACUUGCAUUGACACUUUUGUAUAAAACAAACAAAACAAACAAAAAAAAGACAUGCACACAGAAGAUGUACAAUAUGUUAACUUGGUAUUUUAUCAUCGUACUCAACAAGAUUGUUCUUAAAACAUGUGAGUUACAUGUUUUGUUAUAAAGUCUUUGGACAUAUUUCAAUAUAAGCAUACUUUUCUAUAGAUAUUUGUUUUUGUACUCUGUUACUGAGUCUCAUCUCUCUUGUUGGUACAGAGGUGAGUAUCAAAUA